CAGCCCCUUCACUGCAGAGUUCAGAAUUGCACUAGAAUGUCUGCAGCAGCUUCUUUGCAGUAAGCACAUGAAGGUUAUGCUGCCCAAAAGCUGCCUUAGUCCUAGUGAGAAAGAGAAGGGCUAAAAGCCGUACCAGUCCAAACCAGCUUCCCAGACCGGCAGCGACUCCACUGCAGAGCUAUGAGCAACCCCAGCACGCCCAGCAAGAUUACAAACGCUGUUGCAUCAGUUGUUCACAGUCCAGAGGUUCCUCCUGCUUCACCGCUUCCCCGCUCAGAGGAGGAAGAUGAUGGCGAUUUGAAUAAAGCUUUAGGUGUUCAGCGCUUCCAGCAGAUCCUUCACCCCGCUGCUUCUGUGCCUGAUGACCAGCACCACAUUUACCAUGAGGAGGACAUCACAUACCACCGUCACUCCUCUCACCACAUCCACCGGCCUCUGUCCAAGCUGCCCGCUGACGGGCGCAGGAAGAAAAGCAGCAAGAAAAGGAGAAAGGACAAAGAUCAUAAAAGCAGCCAUUCUCCCAGCAGUGGCCCUAUAGAGGAGGGAGAAGAUGAAGAGGAGGAGGAGGAUGAAGGGACAGAAGGUGCUUCUGCUCCAUCUGAGCCAGAGAAAAAAGAUGUGGAGUUCUUCUUGUCAGAGGAGGACCGAGUGACGAGAAGCGGCAGAGAUGUUUCAAACUCAACUCGAGAGCUGGACAUCGUUCCUCAUUCGGCUCCGAGAGCAGAAACUGAAGAUGCAUCUUCCACUGAUAAACCCGACUCACCGUGCACUCCCAGUCCUGUUUCCCUGUCGCCUUCGUCCGAACACCCACAGCUGACCCGGGUGUCCAGUCGCAGCUACGACCUGCAGGAGCGCCGGCGCACGGGCAACAUGACGGGCGCUGAGCAGGCCAAGUACCAGCGCAUCCCCACGGAUGAGAGCGAAGCUCUGACGCUGGUCUCUGCCGACCUGGAUGGCAUCAAGAGCCAUCGUUUCGAGGAUGUUCCCGGAGUCCGCAGACACCUCGUCAGAAAGAACACCAAAGGACAAAUGGUGCACAUCGGCAAAGACCACAAAGAGCCGACAACUCGCAGUCGAAAGCAGGAUCGUACUCCGCACGAGGUGUUUGUGGAGCUGAACGAGUUGACGAUGGACAAGAACCAGGAGAUGCAGUGGAAGGAGACGGCUCGUUGGAUCAAGUUUGAAGAAGAUGUGGAGGAGGAGACGGACCGCUGGGGGAAGCCUCACGUUGCUUCUCUGUCUUUCCGCAGUUUGUUGGAGCUCAGAAGGACAAUCUCCCACGGAGCGGUGCUGCUGGACUUGGACCAGAAGACCCUGCCUGGCAUCGCUCACCAGGUGGUGGAACAAAUGAUUAUUUCUGACCAGAUCAAAGCAGAGGACCGAGCCAACGUCCUGAGGGCUCUGCUGCUCAAACACAGUCACCCGAGCGACGAGAAGGACCACACAAACCAUUUUCCCAGGAACAUCUCAGCAGCCAGCCUCGGCAGUCUGAUCCCACACCACCUCAACACAAACCACAACCAUCAGCUGGAGCCCUCGGUGACCGACCCGCUCAUGGGCGUUGGCAACUCCACGGCAGACAGUGACACCCGCAUCGACAUGGACAAGAACGAGCUGCAGAAGGAGCCGGCUCUAGGGUUGGGCAUGCAUCGGUCCAAGUCCAAGCAUGAGCUGAAGCUUCUGGAGAAGAUUCCAGAGAACGCUGAGGCCACUGUAGUCCUUGUGGGCAGCGUCGACUUCUUGGAGCAGCCCACGAUGGCGUUUGUGAGGCUGCAGGAGGCAGUGGAGCUGGAGUCGGUUCUGGAAGUGCCCGUCCCCGUUAGGUUCCUCUUUGUUCUCCUGGGACCUCCAACCAGCAGCAUGGACUACCACCAGAUUGGCCGCUCCAUCUCUACUCUCAUGUCUGACAAGCAAUUUCACGAGGCAGCUUACCUGGCAGACGACAGACACGACCUCCUGAACGCCAUCAACUGCUUCCUGGACUGCAGCAUCGUGCUGCCGCCUUCAGAGAUGGGAGACGACGAGCUGCUGCGCUCCGUCGCUCGCUUUCAGAGGGAGAUGCUGCGCAAGAGGGAAGAACGAGAAGUUAAGCUGCAGGCAAAAGAGCCAAAAAGCCACGAAGAGAAAGAGGCUCUCCUCACGCCUUCAGAAGAGUCAGACGACCCUUUAAAGCGCAGCGGGCUCCUUUUUGACGGGCUGAUAAAAGACGUUAAGCGCCGGUACCCAAAAUACGCCAGUGACUUCAAGGAUGCACUGAGCAGUCAGUGCAUGGCUGCAGUUAUCUUCAUCUACUUCGCUGCGCUCUCUCCAGCCAUCACAUUCGGAGGUUUGCUCGGCGAGAAGACUGACGGCCUGAUUGGCGUCUCGGAGCUGAUCGUGUCGACGUCGGUGCAGGGCAUCAUCUUCUGUCUUCUUGGAGCUCAGCCGCUGCUGAUUGUGGGCUUCUCUGGACCCAUGCUGGUCUUUGAAGAAGCGUUUUUCAGCUUCUGCAAAGCGAAUCACAUCGAGUACCUAACGGGCCGCGUCUGGAUCGGCUUCUGGCUCAUCAUCAUCGUCGUCAUCAUGGUGGCUUUUGAAGGCAGCUUCCUGGUGCGAUUUGUCUCCCGAUUUACCCAAGAAAUCUUCUCCCUGCUCAUCUCCCUCAUUUUCAUCUGCGAGACCUUCAUCAAACUCGGCAGGACUUUCAAGGAGCACCCGCUGAAACGCUGCUCGCUCGACAACAGCACAGACGCAGACGUAUUGGCAGAAAACGCCACCCUGGUUCAGACCAACGCCACGUUUCCAAACAGCACGCAGAGCGUCAUGGUGAGCGGACAGCCCAACACCGCGCUGCUCUCUCUAGUUCUCAUGGCGGGAACGUUCCUCAUCGCUUUCUACCUGCGAAAGUUCAAGAACAGCGCCUUUUUCCCCGGCAGGUUCCGCAGGAUGAUUGGAGACUUCGGAGUCCCCAUCGCGAUCCUCAUCAUGGUCCUGGUGGACUACAGCAUCAAGGACACGUACACUCAAAAACUGAGCGUCCCCAAAGGGUUCUCUGUGACGAGAACCGACAAGCGAGGCUGGAUCAUCAGUCCUCUGGGCUCAGACGGUGGAUUCCCCAUCUGGAUGAUGUUUGCCUGCUGUUUGCCCGCGCUGCUGGUUUUCAUCCUCAUCUUCAUGGAGACUCAAAUCACCACCCUCAUCGUCAGUAAGAAGGAGCGGAUGUUGGUGAAGGGUUCUGGUUUUCACCUGGACCUUCUUCUGAUCGUGGUCCUGGGCGGCUGCUCGGCUCUGUUCGGUCUGCCAUGGAUGGCCGCCGCCACCGUGCGCUCAGUCACUCACGUCAAUGCCCUCACUGUGAUGAGCAAAGCCGUCGCCCCCGGAGACAAGCCGCGCAUCCAGGAGGUGAAGGAGCAGAGGGUCACCGGGCUCCUGGUCGCUGUCAUGGUCGGCAUGUCGAUCGUGAUCGGAGACCUGCUGCGUCAGAUCCCACUGGCUGUUCUGUUUGGGAUCUUCCUCUACAUGGGUGUAAUGUCACUCAGUGGGAUCCAGCUCACAGAGCGGAUGAUGCUGCUCCUCAUGCCGCCCAAGUACCACCCAGACCACACCUACGUCCGCAAAGUUCGGACGUGGCGCAUGCACCUCUUCACCUGCAUCCAGGUGGGGUGUUUAGCCGUCCUGUGGGCGGUGAUGUCCACGCAGGCGUCCCUGGCUUUCCCCUUCGUCCUCAUCCUCACCGUCCCGGUCAAGAUGUUCGUGCUGAAUCGCAUCUUUAACCCCAGAGAGAUGGCAUGUCUGGACGCAGACGAUGAACCAAAGUUCGACGAGCGCGAGUGCCACGACGAGUACUCAGAGAUGCACAUGCCCGUUUAAAACCGCUGUGGACCACCAAACCAUCUGAAAACCAUCAGGUCAAAACCUUAAACACAGUGUUCUGGAGGUUCGUGGAGGUGUGUUUUUUUCUCUGCUGGUUUUUGUGGCUCUACAGAACAAAGUGAAGCGAUUAGUUUAUUGGUUAGUUCGUGAUAUUGUUGGUUUGUCUAAAUAUUUUUUGCAAGGGACAAGAGAUUCCAAACCUAGUGACGUGAGCUCAGUUAAAAAACAAAUUUAAUAGUCGUAGAUAGAUUUUGCAAAACUGAUUAUUUUUUUUUAGCCCUGAGCUGUUGCUAUGAUUCACAUUGAAUAUGUGGAAGAGAAAUAGGAUACAUUCCUUUAUUUUAACAUGCUAACAUGAGUUAGUGCUAGUCAAGUUAUUUUUUUAAGCUCACCAAGCGCCUUACGAAGAAAACGAGAUGUA